AUGCCCCCCCCAACGCGCAUGACCGCCAACCCGGUCAAGCCAGCGCGCCACCGCGCCGGCAAAGCCGCCGCCGGCCCCCAUUCCUCCGACUCCUCCGACUCCGACGCCAGCAGCGGCUCCGAAGAUGACAACAACAAAAAAGCAGCACCCCCCAAACGCACCGCACCCCCCCCCCGCUUCGCCAGCGCCGCAUCAGCACCCACCGGCGCCGGGCGCAUCAUCAGUAGAGGCGACGGCGCCAAGAUUGAUUUGAAAGGGGUUGUGGGGUCGUCGCGCGAUGCACAGGGGGAUGAAGAGGCGCGACGGAAAGCAGCUGCUAGGGCGGCGAGGGAAGCUGCGGAACAUCGGGCGAAGGAGGAGGGGUUUGUGACGGAGGAGGAGGAGGAUGAGGAGGGGAGUGGGAGUGAAGAGGAGAGUGGGUCGGAGGAGGAUGAGGAGAGUAGUGAGGAGGAGGAGGAGGAGGAGGCGCCGCGACGGUUGAUGAUGCGGCCGAAGUUUAUUCCUAAGUCGCAGCGGCAGGCUGCUGCCAACGGGGCAUCGGCUACUCCCAGCGCAGCGACAAAUCCUACAGAAACCAACACCGAGGAACAACAACAAAAAGAAGAGGAGGAGCAAGAAGCAGCCCGCCUACGCGCCGCCGACGCCCUCGUAGAAGAACAAAUCAAAAAAGACCUCGCCGCCCGCGCAGCCAGCAAAAAACACUGGGAGUCCGACAACGACGACGCCGGCAACAACUCUGACUCGUCACAACCCAACAAAAAACACACAGUCGACGACACCGAUGACCUCGACCCCGCCGCCGAAUACGCCGCCUGGAAACUCCGCGAACUGAAACGUCUCCGCCGCGAGCGCGACGCCAUCGAGGCCCGCGAGCGAGACCUCGUCGAACUCGAACGCCGCCGCAACCUCACCGAAGAAGAACGCCGCGCCGAAGACGAUGCCCACGUCGCCGCGCAGCGCGAGGAGAAGGAAUCCCGCGGGAAAAUGGCGUACAUGCAGAAAUACUUCCACAAGGGCGCGUUUUACCAGGCCGAGAGUGAGGCGGCUGGGUUGGCGGGUCGUGAUUUGGCCGGGGCUAGGUUUGAAGAUCAGGUCGAUCGGGAGUUGUUGCCUAAGGCGUUGCAGAUGCGGGAUAUGACGAAGGUCGGGAAGAAGGGGGCGACUAAGUAUCGCGAUUUGAAGAGUGAGGAUACGGGACAGUGGGGGAGGUUUUCCGGGCCCGGGGGGGAUAGGGAUAGGAGGGGUUUUGGGAGGGAUGGGGAUGAGAGGUUCCAGCCGGAUGAUAGGAGGGGUGGUGGUGGUUGGGAUAGUAGGGGUGAUGGUGAGGGGGCUAAGGGGGCGAAUGCGAUUCCGCUGGGUGCGAGGAGGGAGCGGCCAAGGGAGGAUCGUGAUCGUGAUCGUGAUCGGGAGAGGUAUCGCGAGCGUAGUCGGGAUAGGUACAGGGAUGACCGGCGAGACGAGAGACGGGAGGACAGGGACUCGUACCGACGGCGUGAUGAUAGUCGAGAUAGGCGACGGUCGAGGUCACGGUCUCGCUCGCCACGGUAUGAACGGGACCGUGGUGACCGUGGUGACCGCCGGAAACGCUCGCCUUCGCGCGAACAGGAGAGGGAUCGGUACGAGAGUGAUAAGCGACGGAGGGUGGAAGCCAGGUAG